GCAAGACCUAAUAUUUUGGCACUGGCUUUGGCGGCUGGCUGGCUCUUAGGGGACAAUCACCACUUUUUUUUUUUUUGACCGCUUCGAAGAGCCAACCAGUUAGACCAGCCAGGACCAGCCAGAGCCAAACCAUUGGAAACAAGGGAAGCCAAAAGGAAUCACGGGAACCAAGUCAAUGCACCUUGGGGCCGAUUUCGCCAUCUUGCUUUACUUGACGUGCAAAUUGCCUUGUCACUCUUUUACGUCGCCGGCUUGUUUUGGUCACCGAGGCCAUCGAUACUUUUACCUUGCGUUAGGUUUAGACUAGAAGGGAAAGAAGGAAAAAAAGAAGAAAGGAAGAAAAGGAAAAGGGAAACUAAACAGGGUAGAGGGUUAGUACAUCGCAUCGCAUCGCAUCGUACCACGCCGUCUACCCAUCAACCAUCAACCGGCAUUGCUUGCUUGUAUUGGAUCCUGGGGAAAUUUGAGUCUUGGGAUUUGAUCUGCGACAUCCCGUCGGUCUACGACAACCGGGCGGACUGGGCGGAUAACGAACAGGAAACGAGCGCAGACCUAUAUCCCAUUUUGUAUGGUUUAUCAUCGACCAAGCACGCCAUCUCACCGCGUUUCACCGUAGUCCUUACCAUACAUUCUCCGAUGGUGCAAUUCGAAUAAGAUAUUACCAGGGCUUUGUCCUUACCCCCGGCCACCAAUCUAAUUUCCCUCAACUUUCAUCAUCUAUCAUCAUGGACAACCUACCACCAAUACCGAUGCCCAACGGCCACGAGCCGACAUCAAGACACGAUGGUCCCAUUUUCCUCCCAGACGACAUCCCACUGACAGAUCUGAACAAUAUAUCCACCACCACCAACCGACCUCGUUCCCAAAGACAGUCAAUAUCCGCCGCAUCGACCGAACAAUCCAAACCGUCAAGGGAUAACUGCGACAGACGAAGACCCGAGGACGCAGAAGACUCUUCUCGCCUGCCCAAUAUGUCCCAACAGCUUAUGAGCCAGUCUGUUACUCCCUUUUUAAGGGAACAUAUCCCGGGAUUGUACGCACCUAUAGGAAAGCCCGAUCUUCCCUCCAUGGCCGCCAUCAAGACAAAGGACCCCAAUAGUAAAUACUGUUACCGACACCGGCCGGAUUCUAAGUGCCGUAGGGCUGCUGACGAGACCAAGAUGGGUCUAAUCCAAAGUGAACUCGAAACACUACCUGCUGCCGAUCGACAGGCCAUUACAAAUGUUUGGUCGUUGUUUUCUGCCGCACCCGCAAAGCACCGUGAGCUUAUGUUGCAAGGCAUCAUUACUCAGUGCUGCUUCCCUCAACUGUCUACUGUGUGUCGUGAGGUUCACGAACAACUGAAAAUAGAUUUUCUCUCUGCUUUACCAACUGAGCUAUCCCUGAAAAUCCUAUGCUACCUUGAUUGCUCUUCUCUUUGCAAGGCCGCCCAGGUUAGCAGAAGGUGGAACCAGCUGUCCGGAGACGAUAUUGUGUGGCAUCGCAUGUGUGAGCAACAUAUCGGACGCAAGUGCGAGAAGUGUCAAUGGGGUCUUCCCAAGUUAGAGAAGAAACGGCUUAAGGAAUGGAAAAUCCAACAUCAAGCAAACCUCAACAACCAACGGGCGCUGUUGACGAACGGGCAAGAUUCUUCUGCCACGACUGUCGUCAAGCGUUCUGCGUCCUCCCUAGAAGAUGAUGAAAAUGACUCCUCGAAGCGACAAUGUGUCAACGGUGUCGGCGACCAAGAUAAGGCAUCAACGGGCACUCAGAAGUUUAGGCCGUGGAAGGACUUGUACCGAGAGAGAUACCGCGUUGGAUCUAACUGGCGGUAUGGUAGGUGUACUAUUAAGACCUUUGGCGGACAACACACGAACGGUAUAACGGCCUUACAAUUCGACGACAACAUGCUUGCUACGGGUUCAUACGAUUCAAGAAUCAAGCUCUGGGAUAUCGAAAAAGGCGAGGUCAUCCGGACGCUCGAAGGUCACACGAUGGGAAUCCGAGCCCUUCAGUUCGACGAUAGGAUGCUUGUUUCGGCUAGUUUGGACGGCACAGUCAAGAUAUGGAAUUGGCGAACGGGCGCUUGUAUCAAUACCCUUAACCACCAAGGUGGUGUCAUAACUGUACAUAUGGAUGGUGGUCUUCUGGCUUCUGGGUCGAUGGACCAGUCCAUCAAGAUAUUCAACUUCAAAACCCAACAGUCGUACGUUCUACGCGGUCAUUGCGAUUGGGUCAACCAUGUUCGCAUCGAUGUGGCUUCGCGUACCCUUCUCUCCGCCUCCGACGACUGCACUGUAAAGCUAUGGGAUCUUGACUCCAAAGUUUGUAUCAAGACGUUUGAGGGUCAUGUCGGACAGGUACAACAAGUUCUUCCGCUCCCAGACGAUUACGAAUUUGAAGAGGAGACGACCCGAGAUGGCGACGCUGCCUCUGUAGCCAGCAACCGCAGUGCUACUCCCCCGGGCGGUUCGUCCUCUCCGUUUCCAAGUACCCAGGAUGUUGAUGAGGAGCGGGCCAUGUAUGGUCCCAUCUUCCAGAACGACCCUGAUCGACCACUACCUCCGCGCUAUAUGCUUACGGGCUCUCUUGACGCGACUAUGAGGCUUUGGGAUACGGCAACAGGAAAAAGUCCCCGGACUUUCUUUGGGCACGUAGAAGGUAUCUGGGGACUUGCGGCUGACUCUUUGCGAUACGUUACUAGUGCCAACGACGCAACAGUCAAAGUAUGGGACGCUCGAACCGGCAAGUGCGAACGAACAUUUACUGGCCAUGCUGGGCCAGUAACCUGCGUCGGGCUCAGUGAUAGCCGGAUGGCCAGCGGAGGUGAAGAUGGAGAGGUGCGAUUAUAUAGCUUCGAAGGUGAACCUUCAGAAGUUGAGGAGUUCGGCACUCCUGCCUAAGCUAUGGCGCAUUGCUAGGACGUGUGGUUUUCCCCUGUUCACAUCAACACUAUUCAUCCAUUGAUUUCAUAGCGGAUCUGUUUUACGGAAGGCGUUCAAAUAUACCACUACAGUUAAACCGGUUACAAAGGGACGAAAAAUCAGCUGAGCUUGUGGGCGAAGCUUAUUUAAUGAAAGCUUUACGGUAUCCAGGAGGGUCGGCGUCUAAUGCUUACAAAAAUUUAAGGCGUACUGGAUAAGGAUCGGGCAACGCAGGGAUAUGGCGUGCUAUAGGGAUGGAUCUUAGGUGCUUAGGGUUAAGAUGGGACACCGUUUAUUCAACAUGGUCCAACAUAUUAUUUAAGAAAAUUAUUUUUAUCUGAUUUGCAAUAGUGGAAGGUGAUGAAAAGAUAUGGUUAUUAUUAGGCAAAUAAUGUGAUCAUAUCCCACACAUAUACUGACUGCUGUAUGUUGCAUGUGAGGAGAGUUGUACAUAGACUACAUACCUACUUAUUUUAUAAGUGGCGGUUUUCUACAUCCCGCGGCUGAAGCUGACAUAUACCCAGCUUCAAAAGGUUUCCUUUACGGUAUCGGGUGAAUGACUGUCUCAAAAGGCUCG